AUGGCGCUCUUCCAGGGCAGAGCCACCUCCUGGACCAUUCUGCAGCUUGUCAGUAACUGUGACCUGGACUGUGAUCUCUGCAGGGAUGACUUCCCGUACCGGGUAUAUGAGUACCAGAAGAUCCCCCCACUCAUUAACCGCAUCCCAGUCAAGACCAGGCGGACUCACUUGGGAGCAGGAAGCAAGAGCAGCCUGAGUCCCCAGCCUGGGAUGAGGAGCAGCACCAGCUCCACAACAGGACAGACAAAGUUGCAAGCUGAAGAGCUGCACUCCAUCAAGGGGGAGCUGAGCCAGAUCAAGGCACAGGUGGACAGUCUGCUGGAGAGCCUGGACCACACAGACCAGCGGAGAGAGCAUUUCACAGAGUCCAAGGAGAGUGAGAAGAAGAAGAGGGCAGAGCCAGGGACAGAGACACUAUCCCCAGUGGGAGAGGGGUCACUGGAGUUGCGGGGGAAGGAGGGGAUGGGGGUUGAUGGGGACAGCGACCUGCACAACAUCGGCAGUGCGGAGGAGAGCACAGACACAGAGGAGACGGUGAAAACCCACAUGUUGGACCCCAAGGGGAGCCAGUAG